UUCAGCGAAUAGAUGUGUUAGGAAAAUAUUCAUAAUGUACAUGAGUAGGUAUUGUAUUAAAGUGUGAACAAGUAAAUUACACGCGUGUGAUAGCGAAUUAUUAAAAAAGAACCAAAUCAAUUCAUGUUUAGUGUAAAGUUUGUCAGUAAAAAUGUUUUGAAACUAUGUUUAAGAAAAAUGCUUUCUCAAACUUCCGGAAAAAAUACAACUAUAGAUACUCCUACCUACCUGCUAAUAAUAAUAAUGUCAAAUUGAAAUGUAAUCGCGUCACGGUGAAAAUGUCGAGCACAAAACGCUUAAAAUUAUUAUUAUAUAUUUUUUUGGUUAUAUUAUUUGUGUACUAUGCUUUAUGGAGAUACCAUAUAGAGAACAAAAAAACAAUAAUCAAAGACAUAUUUCAAAACAGUUCUUCAGAAAAUAUUAUAGACUUAUAUAACCAAAAUAUCGAAGAAAGCCAAGAUCAAUACUUAAUCAACACACCUGGAUGUUCCAUACCAAACUAUUUAAAAACAUACAAAAUAGAAGAAGCAAAAUAUGUCGGAGCAAGUACGUGUGGUGUCCGAGCUGUAUUUAUUAAGAAAAUUUCUAACGAAGAAAUUGCAUUUUCAAUUGACAAGAUGAAAAUUAAGCAUUACACGAAGGGGAAGAGUUACUCAUGUUGUUACCAAUUCGCCACUCCUGCUAUUGUUGCGGGAAAGGAGGACUAUAGGAAACAGAGAUACUCCAAAUGUACAAAUUUUGACAAUAAUAGCAACGUGGAGUUGAAAAAUGAAGUAAUAACCGUAACAUGUUCACUAGAUUCAUCUAAAAAACGUGUAAUAUAUGAAGAUGCAUACAUAAUACUCAAGAGAUUGCACAGAGACGCCGAAGAGGAACAAAUACCGAAAAAACCUUGGAACGUUCUAGUAUUAGGAUUGGACACAGUCUCAAGAGCGCGAGUUUACAAUAGCAUGCCGAAAACUGUUAAAUACAUGUUGCAAAACGAUUGGUUAGACUACAGGGCAUAUCAAAAGGUGGGUUACAAUACAUUUCCCAAUUUGAUGUCUCUGUUAACGGGCAAGAGAAUGACUACGAUUUACAAAACCUGUUCAUCAAGCAUGGAUAAUUGCAAUCAUCUAAUGCUAUGGUCGGAAUUUAAGAAAAAAGGAUACAUAACAGCUACCGGAGAAGACGACCUGAAACUUCCCGAUACAUUUUCUAAAAGAGGAUACAAGUCUGCGCCCACUGAUCAUUAUCUACGACCACUUUUUCUAACUGGUGAGAGAAGCCGUGGCAACAUAAUAUGCACCAAAAUGUUGCCAUCUGCACAACAUAUCCUCGAUUACGCAUCUAAUUUUACAGAAUCCUACAAGGAUGAAAACUUUUUUGGAUUUUUCUGGUUAAACUCAUACAGUCAUAAUUUAGAAAAUAUACCAACACUUAUUGACAAGAAUAUGGUGAACUUUUUCACAAAACUCAAUAAUAGUGGUGUUUUACAAAACACAUUUAUAUAUUUCCUAAGUGACCAUGGUUUGAGGAGUGGUAAAAUGAGAGUGCCUUACGAAUCUUAUUAUGACGAAAGGCUACCAAUGCUGUUUUUAUGGGUACCAACGGAGUUCCGAAAUAUUAGACCAGAAGAGUACAACAACUUGAAAUUUAACCAACAUAGACUUAUCACACCCUACGAUUUAUAUCUUACACUCCUUGACACUUUAACAGUAUCUAAGGAAUCAACAGAUAUAAAUUCAGAAGCCUGCCCUAACUGCACGAGUAUCUUUAAUAAUAUUGAUAUUCACAGAACAUGCGAAGAAGCCGGUGUUGAUGAACAAUGGUGCUCUUGUCAUGGAAUGACCGAAAUCAGCCAUACAAACGAUGAAGUAGUUACAGCUACGAACGUGGCAGUAGUUAAAGUACAAAACAAAGUAAGCACAGUAAAGACGAUACACUGUAUGAAAUGUGAAAUGUUAAAAUUAAAGAAGAUUUUACGGAGUCACACAUACCGCAACGAAUACCUCAACAAAACUUAUUUUGUCAUAGCGUUUGUUAUGUCACCAGGCGACGUCGCGUAUGAAGUUAAAGUCGUGAAGCAUAAUGAGACAUUUAGUCCGUUUCAAGAAUAUACAAUAUCAGUCUAUAAUAUCAGAGGAAGAUGCGCUAUUGAACAGAAUGAUCGUGCGUAUUGUGUGUGUGUUUCUAACUGUACAAAAAAAGGCUAGUUUAACUGAGGAAAUCAUAUCUUUUUAUAAACCCUACGACGGAUACAAACGUCACACCGCCCCUGAAGGCCUAUUUUAGAAAAAGGCUUGAAAAGGCGUUAUCUCAGUCUAUCAGAAAUUGAGGUAUCAAGGUAAAAAGGACCUGUGAGUAAAUGCCCGGGCAAGAAGACUGUUUCCUAACUUACCCAACUCAUUACUCCCAAGUCAUUCGAGAAUACCUUUUAUCAAUCCAGUAAGCUCAAAUACGCGAUUUAUCGAGGUAUUUGGGUAGACUGUCCAGGUUAAGCAUCAGAUCAUAGUUACCUAUUUAGCCAUUAUUGCUAUGAAAUUAACCUUACUGCCUUGGUUGGUACUUAUGCUAGUUAAGUAAUUAUCAAAUUGGACGGUUCACGAGGAUCUAAAAUCGAUUCUUGUGAUGGGCCAAAAAUUGUUAUUGGUUCUUUCUGCGACGCAAUUCUCAAUAUAUGUCCAUAGUUAUUUGUUUCACCUUCGUGCCGUGUAUUACCUAUCACUAAAAUAAGAUAAAACCGGAAGCUCCAAACAAAAACGGCAGUUUAAUGAAUAGGUAAAUUUGAAGAAUAAUAGAAAUCAUUUACAUUUGACGGUCUCAAGGUCUCGCAGAUUAUAAUAAACCAAUUUUUAUGUUAAAAAUAAAGGUACAAAAUUCAA